AUGGAGGGGCAGAGGGGGUACACAACAUCCACGCCUCGAGUGAACAACACCAAAGCCACCGAAAAGGCACAACGCAAGUGUCAGCGCCAGCAACGGCCGACCGCCAACACCAAGUCGAGCGUUGAUGACCAGAUCACCGCUCUCUCCAAGCACGCCGCCAAGAUCCGUCUGGACGGUGUCAAAGAGAAUGACGAGAAAAGCAAGGACAAGGCCGACCGCGCAACGAGCGAGCAGGUGCUGGACCAGCGCACGCGCAUGAUUCUGCUCCAGAUGAUCAACCGCGGCAUCGUCAGCGAGAUCCACGGCGCCAUCAGCACCGGAAAGGAGGCCAACGUCUACCACGCGAUUUUGCAUCCCGAGGGCGACGGCCCCAACAUUCAGCGAGCCAUCAAGGUGUACAAGACUUCGAUCCUGGUCUUCAAGGACCGCGAGAGGUACAUCACGGGCGAGCACCGCUUCCAGAAGGGGUUCGACAAGAGCAGCAACAGGAAGAUGGUCAAGCUGUGGGCCGAGAAGGAGUUCCGCAACCUGAGGAGAAUACACGCUGCCGGAAUUCCGUGUCCAGAGCCAAUCAGCCUGAAGCUGCAUGUUUUGGCUAUGGGCUUCCUCGGUGACAAGAGAGGCUGGGCUUACCCCCGUCUCAGAGACGCCAACCUGACUGGUGACGAUGUCGACCAGCAGUGGAGGAACCUUUACGUCCAGCUUUUGGGUCUCAUGCGCCGGAUAUACCAAGUCUGUAGACUCGUCCACGCCGAUUUGAGCGAGUACAACAUCCUCUACAACAACAACAAGCUGUACAUCAUCGAUGUCUCCCAGAGUGUUGAGCCCGACCAUCCCCGUGCGUUAGAGUUUCUGCGCAUGGAUAUCAAGAAUGUCGGCGACUUUUUCAGAAGGAAGGGCGUAGACACCCUCAGCGACCGUGCCAUCUUCGACUUUGUCUCAUCGGUGGAGGGCCCAGUCGAGGAGCCCGCCCUGGGAGAAGCACUUGAGAAGCUGUAUGAGAGCAGGCCUGCCGAUAACGAAGAGGCUGCCGCCGAGCAGGAAGUUGACAACGAGGUCUUCCGGAAGCAAUACAUCCCCCAGACCCUCGAGCAGGUCUACGACAUCGAGAAGGACGGCGCCAAGAUUGGCCAGGGCGAGGGUGACAAGCUUGUCUAUAAGAACCUGUUGGCCGACACCGUCGUGAAGGAGGACGAAGGCCAGGAGGACGAGAGCGAGACUUUUGAGGACGAGUCAGGAAGCGGAGCGUCCCUAGCCAGCGGUGAGGAGGAUGAAUCCAGGUUCGACAAGGGCCGGCCUAGAGGGCGUAAGCACGAGGAUAAGGACGAGAAGAAGCAACACAAGCAGGCCGUCAAGGAGGCCAAGCGCGAGAAGCGCAAGGAGAAGAUCCCCAAGAGCGUCAAGAAGAAGCUGGUCUCUGCUUCGUCGAGGAAGAAGCAUUAA